GUGCCAAGUUGUCUUCUAUCUCUUUGUCCUGUGCUCGAGAGAAUAAAGAAAGCUUUCUUUGGUAGAAGAGCUGCCUACAACAGAAUAAGAUGAAUUGUGCAUGACCUGGCAGGCUGCAGUGGGAGUGAGUGGUGCAGUGAGGUUUGACAGUCACCUUUAUAGCUGGGGGAGGAAAAUUCCUCUCCACUUGCCGCCUGAGACCAAACAGUUUCCACCUUCAAACAUUUGACAUGAAACCUAUUAUCGUUAUUCACGGGGGAGCCUGGGCCAUCCCUGAGCGACUGGUGGAGGGGUCCAUGACGGGGGUGAAGCGAGCGGCAAGGGAGGGCUUUGCGCUCCUGGAGAGCGGGGCCAGUGCCGUGGACGCUGUGGAGGCUGCGGUCAGGAUCCUGGAGGAUGAUCCGGUGUUUGACGCAGGUCAUGGUGCUGUGCUGAAUGCCGAUGGUGAUGUUGAGCUUGAUGCAAUCAUUAUGGACGGUAAAACACUGGCUGCUGGAGCAAUCUGCUGUGUUAAGAACGUUUCUAAUCCUGUGACACUUGCUCGUUCAGUCAUGGAAAAGACAGACCAUGUGAUGCUUUCGGGUGCAGGUGCCAACCAGUUCGCUGCGAGCCUGGGUAUAGAAGAGGUGUCCACGGAGGAGCUGGUGACACAGCACGCCCGGGAGGAGUGGGGGCAGUACAAGUACAGUGAUGCAGUGUCCAAUCUGUUUAACAUGGAAGCAGCACAUGAUACAGUUGGUGCUGUUGCCAUAGACGCAGAGGGCAAUUUGGCAUGUGCCACAUCCACUGGAGGCAUCACCAACAAAAUGGUCGGACGUGUUGGAGACACACCAGUUAUAGGUUCAGGCGGUUAUGCUGAUAACCAGGUGGGUGCAGUCUCAACGACAGGUCACGGAGAGUCGAUCCUUAAAGUAACUCUGGCCCGGCUCAUCAUUUACCAUAUGGAGCAAGGGGCAAGUCCAGGAAAAGCUGCUGACAAAGCUCUCUUGCACAUGCAAGAAAGGGUCGCUGGGUGUGGCGGAGCCAUUGUCAUCAGUGCCCAAGGGGAAUGGACGGCAAAGUUUACCACCAAACAAAUGGCGUGGGCCAGUAUGGAAGGAGGCACGUUGUGUUACGGUCUGAACCCAGGAGAGAAGUACACUGAAGGAACCAUCACAAAGUGACGGUGAAAUCAUUUUCUCAAACAUGUAUCCACUGGAUGACUCCCACUCCAGGGACCCGCCUUCUUAAAAUGUUGUUGGGAGACGUAGAGAGAGCGUUGCAUGUGUGACCCAGUUUGUGUUGUCUGUGGGGAUAUGAAAAUACUGCAUGUUAAAGCGACAAUAGUUCCAUACAGAAAAUACAGGGAAUAUAGAUCUUUGUUACAGACCCAAAAAAAUUGAUGGGGAUGUCAUUUCAUAUUUGGGUCUCAAUUAUGCAUUUUGCAGACCAUUUGUAAUUCUUCAAUGUGAUUUGUUUUGCUUAUUAAUCUAUAAUUACCGACGAGUUUGGGGCAUAUCGAAAAUGUGAUGUUUUUUAUUUUAAAAAAAUCCGCUUUGUUGAAGACCAGUAACGUACAUUAAAAAGAAAUCACUGACGCAA